AUGGCGUCUUCUCGGCAAAUUCCUCUCCCCUCCAAUUCUCCCGCGCCAUCUGCUGAACGGAUCGCCGCCGUCCGCGGGUCUGCUCCUCCCAUCGUGGAUGGCCUCCCUCGUCUUCCGCGCCUCCUGUGCCCCAGGCGCCUGCCGAAGACCAGGCUGCAAACGCCCCUGCUGCUCCCAGUAAGUCUCUACUGCCGUGCGCCUUGCCUCUUAUUGUUCUGUUGCUUUCUCUUGUCUGAUUCGAAACCUCCCGUUGGCGCGAACAUAGGGCUAAUGCGCCCCCAAAUACUUUUUCUUGUCUGA